UGUGGUUGCUCGGUUGUUGCGUGGACGGCGGCGGCGGCGGCGGCGAUGGCGGGCACCGCGUUGAAGAGACUCAUGGCCGAAUACAAACAGCUCACCCUCAACCCGCCCGAAGGAAUCGUGGCAGGUCCUGCCAAUGAGGAGAACUUUUUUGAAUGGGAGGCGCUCAUCAUGGGGCCGCAGGACACGUGCUUCGAAGGCGGCGUCUUCCCGGCCGUCCUCACCUUCCCCUCCGAUUAUCCUCUCAGCCCCCCCAAGAUGAGAUUCACCUGCGACAUGUUUCACCCCAACAUCUACCCUGACGGCCGUGUGUGCAUCUCCAUCCUGCACGCGCCCGGCGACGACCCGAUGGGUUACGAGAGCAGCGCCGAGAGGUGGAGUCCGGUCCAGAGCGUCGAGAAGAUCCUGUUGUCCGUGGUUAGCAUGCUAGCAGAGCCAAACGACGAAAGCGGCGCUAAUGUGGACGCCUCGAAAAUGUGGCGGGAUGACCGGGAUCACUUUUACAAACUGGCUCAGAAGAUUGUCCGCAAGUCCCUGGGCUUUUAGUGAUGAUGUCAUCGCCCAGCACCGAAUGAGUGAGUGAGUGUGUGUGUACGAGAGCUGCUUUGCCUCGGUCACGUGUUUAUGCACGCUGGGACAAUGGCGUCGCGGUGGGGCGCACCACCACGUGUAUGGGAGACCACCCCAAGCCCCGCCCACAGGAAGUGAUGUCACGUCACGGGGCCUGUACUCCUUACUGCUCAUUGGCCGUGUAGGACAAUCAGGCGACACCACGUCUCCAUCCCGGAGCGCCGACGGGAAGUUGUCAUGUUGCCGCCAAAGAUAUUUACUACGGAAAACCAUUUGCGCAUGUAUUUAUCAUCCCUGAUAUUCGGCUUCUUGUCCACAUUCUCGUACGCAAUUCAGCGCACUAGUAGAAUGACUGUUUUGUUAGUGAUGUUGUACUAGUGCCAUUUUAGGCGUCCGAGUACAACUUUAAACUCGAUAGCAAGGAGAAAUGUUCCAACUGCUUUAAGGCGGCCAUCAUUUACGCGUGUGUGCGUGCGAUAGAGAGAGACAUUAUUUACUAAUAAAACACAUUUUUCUGUUCAA